AAUGUUUUGAAUUUUGACACUUUUUCACUAUUCUCAACUUCUUAAAAUUCGAAAAUUUGGUGGGAACCGAAGAAUCAAAAAAAUAGAUAAGGAAUCAAUGACGAAUGAAAUUUCAGUUGCGUCUUAUCGUACUUGUUCUUUUUGUCUUCUUUGUUUCCAUUUGGUUUGCUCUGAAGCCAAUUCAAAAAUCUGUCGAACUCCAUUGUUCUGACAAUGAAUCUUGUUUGGAUGAAAUAGGUAGCAGCUUGAAGGACAAGGGCGCUAAAAGCCAUGCGAGCGAGCAAAUUAUUGGAAUGUUGUUUAAUCAAAAUGACGAGAAAUUGAGAGACGAAGGGUACAAUCAUUACGCUUUUAAUGAUCUUAUCAGCACAAGAAUCGGUUCGCAUAGAUCAAUCCCAGAUACAAGGCAUGGAACUUGUAAAACAUUGACAUAUCCAAGUAAACUGCCCACUGCUACUGUCAUCAUCUGUUUCCAUAAUGAGGCGUGGUCCACAUUGUUGCGUACAAUUUAUAGUGUCUUAGAGAGAACGCCAGAUGUCCUGCUCCGUGAAAUUAUCAUUUUCGACGACUUAAGCAAUAAAGACCAUUUAAAAAAAAGAUUAAGUGAUCAUUUGAUGAACCUGCAAAAAGUUAAAUUGAUCCGCUCAACACGAAGAGAAGGUCUUAUACGCGGUCGUGCUAUUGCUGCAUCAAAGGCAACGGGAGAAGUUUUGGUCUUUCUUGACAGUCAUUGUGAAGUAAACGUUGCAUGGUUGCCUCCGUUGCUCAGUGCUAUCGCCAGCAAUUCUCGUACCGUUGUUUGUCCUGUGAUCGACUUGAUAAAUUCAGAUACGUUUCAAUACCAUGCGUCACCUUUAGUCAAAGGUGGCUUUAAUUGGGGAUUACAUUUUCAAUGGGAGCCACUCGAUAUAACAAGCUUUACCAGUCAACUGAACUUUACAAGUCCUAUACGAUCGCCGACAAUGGCCGGUGGACUGUUUGCUAUUGAUGUAAACUUUUUUAAUUUUCUUGGAAAGUAUGAUGACGGCAUGGAAAUAUGGGGUGGAGAGAAUCUUGAAAUUUCUUUUCGGAUAUGGAUGUGUGGUGGUGAACUAAAGAUCUUGCCUUGUUCACGUGUUGGUCAUGUGUUCCGCAAUCGUCGACCAUAUAAUAACGACGGUAAAGACGACACUAUGUCGUACAAUUCCAUGCGCGUUGCCGAGGUUUGGAUGGAUGAUUACAAGAAGCAUUUUUACUAUGCAAAAAAGCAUUUAAAGGGUCGCAACUACGGGAACAUCUCGGCAAGAAGAGAAUUACGACGUGAGUUAAAGUGCAAUUCGUUUAAAUGGUACUUGUAUAAUGUCUACCUUGAGCUGGAAAUACCUUCUGAACGAAGAGGAAGCAGUUUGAUAUUGCAAAGAGAAACUGCAAAGAAAACGAGCAUAUUAAAAUACGGAAAGUUACGCAAUGGUCUUGGAAACUGUUUGGACUUUCCAUUGAAUAUUUUAGGAAAAGAUGUCAAUCCUAUUUUUCGCAAAUGUACAAAAAUAAUGAGAAAGAGUUUUUGGUACUUGGACGACAUUAAGCAGCUUCUGUUAAAAUUGAAAUAUUGUUUGGAUGUAAGGAAAAGGCGUUUUCCUCAACUCGUAAAAUGCCAUAGAGAUGGAGGAAGUCAACAAUGGUUGUAUAUGAAGAAAAAUGGACUCCUCUACAACUUGGCUAGUGGUACGUGUCUAUCUCAGUCAAAGAACAACUUCAUUGUUAUGACUUUUUGUAAUGAGUCAGACAUAUCUCAAACAUGGCAUUUUGAUCGUGAAGGAAUUUGACCCUGUGUCACGUGUUUGUAGUUAUUUCAAAAAACUGGUACACUAGAGAAAAGAACUGAAAAAGACAAAACAAGACAGACGCCUAUAAAGCGCACACUUGGGUUCCUCAAGAAUAUUGUUUGGUAGUUGGUAAUUGUAGCGUAUUAUACAAAAUUCAGAGCAAUGCAAUAUCACAUGCGGCAUUACAUUAUUUACAUGUAAAUAAAUAGUGUUUCAUGUACUGACAAAGACGUGCAAAGCUGUUCAUAUGAGUUAACUAUAGUAAAUGCAAAGUUAUGUAAAGCCAUUUGCUUCUCAUAACCAACUUCACUUUAUAGUUAUUGGUGAAUUAAAACUUUUUGGCUAAAUCAAUCAUAAAAGAUUUUUAACCCUUUACUUGGCGAGUUUUUUGAAAAUUUGUACACAUUUCGUUUGGUAAUUGUUACCUUAUGGCAACACUGCCGAGUAAAGGAGUUAACAUUAAUUUAAGUUAGACUAUGGAACACUUGAAACAUAGGAAACACACAAAAUCCGUCAAGAAAGCUUAAUUCUAUUAUAGUGACGACUACUUUUGUGAUGGAAUUUAUAAUAAACAUUUGAAGUUUUA